AUGGCUGUUGUUUACGACAAGGAGCUCUUGGCUUGGUAUGUGACCACUCUCAAGCUUCGAGAAACUGUGGAAUCUCGACUCCCCAAGAAAUCAACCUGUGGGGGUGAAAUCGUCCCCGCCUAUGAGCCGAGGCCUCCCAGGUCCGAGUGGGUCAUCUCCAUUGAAGAGAAGCUCACGCAAGGUCGCCAGGAAAACAUGCCAGGCUCGUGGGCAAAUCUCUCCAUUUACCGGGUCCCACGCCAUCUCAAGCAUGGUGAGGACAAUGCCUGGGUCCCCCAGAUCGUCUCCCUCGGGCCGUACCACCACGGUGAGGAGCACCUCCGCCGUAUGGAGCGGCACAAGUGGCGCUGCCUCCACCGCAUCCUCGAGCGCUCCGGUCAGGGGAUAGCCCUCUAUCUAGACUCGGUGAAGAAGGUCGAGUGGAGAGCUCGUGCCUGCUACGAGGGAAGGAUAUCCAUGAGCUGCAAUGAGUUCGUGGAGAUGAUGGUUCUCGAUGGGUGCUUUGUGAUUGAGAUGUUCCAGGGAUUUGCCGAGGGAUUCGAGAAACUCGGCUACCGUCCCAAUGACCCCGUCUUCUCAAUGCGGGAAUCAAUACUUCAGAUCCAGCGGGACAUGAUCAUGCUCGAGAAUCAGAUCCCGCUCUUCAUACUCGACCAAUUGCUUGGUCUCCAACUCGGUGACCCCAACCAGAAGGAGCAUGUGACCAAGCUGGCACUCCAGUUCUUCAGCCCUCUGAUUGGGGUCCCUUUGACUAAGGUCAGCGCGGGCUAUGUGGUAGUGGAGAUGGUGCACCCCAUUGACAAGGACUCCCGCAAAGACUAA